GCAGAAUGAACAAAUCAAAAUAUACAGUGGAAAAAUAUUUUAUGGGUGUGACAUUUACAGUUUUGAUCAUUUGCCUAUAUGUCAUUUGUUACAUGGCAAGCGCUGCUGUGAACUGUCUAGAAACAGUCAGUAAGCACAGCUCUUGCCUGCAACUGCUAGUGAAAUUUUGAUCAAUAAUUAGGGGAUGCCCAGCCUACAUUCGCUCGUCGUACGACGAGCUCCACUGAUGGAUAUGGGUACUGCCACCAGCUCUGUGACAUCUGUAAACCCUCCUACCAAAAUUGCUUCCAAUCAGAAAAAAGUCGAGAAAUCUAAUAAACUUACUGGAGUCAGAUUACCUUUACUACGUAAAGAAGCAAGUGUUGUAAAUCUUUCUCUAACAGAAAGGACAGCAUUAGGGAAAGGAGUCGAUGCACCAUUACUUAGGCCUGAAAGUAGUGCAAGUUUGGAAGCUCGUGGUAGUAGCUGGUUAAGCUUAGGUCCAGGAGUACUAAGAAAAUGUGAAACUGCAGUAGGUUUAAGCACUUCUGCUUUGGAGGGCAGACCUAUAAAUCGCAGUAGAGUUUGUUCUCGCUGCUCUAGCCUAUUAUCAUUGGCAUCCAGUUCACGUUACAGUUUGGCUGCAGGCAAUUUUGUACCUGCAGGUUCUCAGCAAGCGCUUGGACGCAUCUUUUGUAAAUUAUGUCUUGUUGAUACUUCUCUUUCCAAAGCAUUUAAACUAGAAGGCUGUGGUUGUUCCUAUUGUAAAGAUUGUAUGAAAGCAUAUGUUGAGUUUGAAAUCGAAGAAGGUGCAUAUGAAAUUAGUUGUCCUGAUGCACAAUGUGAGCAUGGGGUAAUACUUUCUAUAAAGGAAAUAUCAAGUCUUGUUAGUUCUGAACUUAUGGAAAAACAUCAUAAGUUUCGAUUAAAUAGAGAUGUGUCUAUGGAUAAAGCACGUGCCUGGUGUCCACGUGCAGGUUGUGAAACAAUAUGUUCAAUAAAUGCUACUGGAUCAAAUGGAACUUCUAUUGGGCCAGUACAUUGUCCUAAUUGCUCUACAGACUUCUGUUCAAUAUGCAGAGAGUCUUGGCAUAGUGGUCCUUGUUCUGAUCUUUCAUUGGGUAUACCAUUUGAUGGUGAUCAUAUCAAGUGCUGUCCCAUGUGUUCUGUACCUAUUGAAAAAGAUGAAGGAUGUGCUCAAAUGAUGUGUAAAAGAUGUAAACAUGUUUUUUGCUGGUAUUGUUUAGCUUCUUUAGAUGAUGACUUUUUAUUGCGACAUUACGACAAAGGACCAUGUAAAAAUAAAUUGGGUCAUUCGCGUGCGUCGGUCAUUUGGCACAGAACACAAGUCAUUGGAAUUUUUGCUGGAUUUGGGUUACUCUUGCUUGUUGCAUCGCCGUUACUUUUAUUGGCUGCGCCUUGUAUUGUCUGUUGUAAAUGCCGUGUAUGUGGUUCUUCUAGACUUGAACAGGAGGAAGGUGAUACUGCAACAUAG